AUGAGUUUGGAGUCACAUAACACUUCUUAUAUUUCUGUUUCAAGUCAUGUAUCAUUUGGCCAUCUUGGUCAGGAUUCGGCGGACCUUGCUUGUAAUCUCGAUGAGGUUGUUGACGCUAUUGUAAGUAAUUGUGCUGGCGGACUGUCCAAUAUACGAUCGUUACAUAUGCAGCCUGUUGGUGGGACACCCUCUUUACCCAUCUAUGUUGAUAACGGAAGGUCAUCUGAUGUGAAACUUGAAAGACCAGGAAAACGCAGAAGAGCUACUGAACAGGUAUCCGAUGAGUGCUCCACGCUUCCCGAUGGACUCAGGUUGGCGAUUCGAAGAAAUGGUAAAGUUCGUGUAAUCAAGGAGGAUAGCAAUGCAGCUGUUCAUUAUCCAACUAGUGAGAAAGAAAGUUCCUUCUCAUUUAUUUUUGACGACUACCAUUUUGUAGUUCAUGACGAAUGGGAAGAAAGAGACGGAUUGAAACCCACGAUUGAUCCCGCAAAAUUAAAACGAAAACAUGCAAUCAAAAAGAAGAGAAUGCAAAAGCGUAUAGCACAGAAAAAGAUCAAGUCAGGAGAAAGAGUGGCCUUACAACAAGAACCUGAAACGAAGAUGGAAUAG